AUGCCACCUAAGCCUGCUGAGAAGAAGCCACCAUCAACGGCCGGCAAGGCACCUGCCUCAGCUGGUAAGGCACCGACGGAAGGAGCUAAGAAGACGUCAAAGGCCCCUACAAAGUCGUCCGAGAAGAAGAAAUCUAGCAGCAAGGUUCGAAAGGAGACUUACUCGACCUACAUCUACCGUGUGUUGAAGCAGGUCCACCCUGACACGGGUAUCUCAAACAAGGCCAUGGCCAUUCUUAACUCGUUUGUGCAAGAUAUCUUUGAGCGUAUUGCCUCAGAGGCGUCGAAGCUCGCUAGUUACAACAAGAAGAGCACAAUUUCUUCGCGUGAGAUCCAGACAGCUGUGCGCCUGAUUCUUCCCGGCGAACUAUCGAAACACGCCAUUGCUGAGGCCACGCGCUCUGUCACCAAGUUCUCGUCGACAUAA